CAUCAUAAGUGAAACCGAUGGAAAUGGGACAUGCAUAUAAUUUCUUUGUUUUAUUGGCUUUCCCAGGGCUUAUUCUAAGUAGAGCACAAUGUGCUCUUCAAAAAGUCAACGUAGACGACUCGUAUGGAGUGGGAAGAAAUUUUGAUGGUAUCGGGGCAAUAAGUGGAGGAGGAGCUACAUCAAAACUUUUGGUUAAUUAUCCAGAGGCUCAGAGAAACCAGGUGCUAGAUUUUUUAUUUAAGCCCAAUUUUGGUGCUUCCCUUCAAAUAUUAAAAGUAGAAAUUGGAGGUGAUUCACAAAGUACAGAUGGUGUGGAGUCAUCUCACAUGCACACAGAAGUAGAUGUCAGCUUCCAGAGAGGAUAUGAAUGGUGGAUGAUGAAGGAGGCUAAGAAGAGAAAUCCCAACAUAAAGUUAUAUGGUCUUCCCUGGGUGUUCCCUGGCUGGUUAGGAAAUGGAACAUUCAAUCCAUAUGCUAUGAGAGAGAAACUUGUGUACUAUAUAACUUCCUGGAUCAAGGGAGCAGCAAAAGUGCACAAUUUGCAGAUUGAUUAUAUUGGGAUUUGGAAUGAAAGAAGCUAUGAUAUAGACUACAUCAAGAUGCUACGCAAGUCUCUGGACAAUCAAGGCUUUAGUCAUACACAGAUUGUGGCUGCUGAUGGUGGUUGGGGAAUAGCGUCUGAUGUUUUGAAAGAUCCUGAUUUGGCAAACGCAGUUAGUAUUUUGGGAGCUCACUAUCCUGGUAGUAUGGCUACGGCAGAUGCUCAGAAGACAGGGAAAAAACUGUGGGCUUCAGAGGAAUAUAGUGCUUUCAAUAACCUGGCUGGUGGAGGCUGCUGGGCCAGGGUCCUCAGUGAAGGCUAUGUGAAUGGAAAUCUAACCAGUGCCAUUGCAUGGAACCUGAUCUCCAGUUACAGUGCUGCCUUGCCCUACAGUGGAUCUGGUCUGAUGACAGCCAACCAGCCCUGGUCAGGAUAUUAUGUAGUCAAUACUCCUAUUUGGAUGAGUGCUCAUUACACUCAGUUCACAGAAAUUGGCUGGAGCUAUCUUGACCAUGGUCAUGGCUCUGGUCAUCUGGACAGCAAUGGCAGUUAUAUUGCACUGACCAGUCCAGACAGGUCUCAGCUGACCAUUGUGAUAGAGAAUAUGGAUCCCCAUGAUGCCCCAUGUUUUUAUCCCAUGCCUAAGUACACAGUGGCACCACAAACUGUUACGUUCACACUGAAAGGCUCAUUUUCUAAAAUACAGGAGUUGGAUGUCUGGUUUACACAUUUCAACUUUACUCAGGGAGGACACAGUGACAUUUUUAUUUAUCAGGGACCAAUGAAGGUUGUGAAUGGCAGUUUCAGCUUAACUGUCAUGCCAAAUGUUGUAAUCACAUUAACCACAGUGAAGAGUGGAAGGAAGGGACAGUACCCAGCUCCUCCCCCACCUGCUCCUUUUCCUUUGCCAUAUAAAGAUACAUUCCAAGACUAUGCAGAAUUCAGCGAGCCUUAUAAUCUAGCACCACAAGCUGGCUCCUUUGAGAUCAGGUCUUCCUCUGAACCUGGAAUUACUAAGGUGCUACGUCAGGUGGUACCUCAGCCUCCCAUAGACACCUGUUUGCCCAAGAGAAUGCCCAGGCCCAUUGCUGUGAUAGGAAACCACUCUUGGGCAGAUGUCAGAGUAGAAAUUACGUGUAGAGUUCCAGCAAGUAAUGGCAGCUCAGGGGUAUUUAUAGCAAGUCGCGUCAGCAGCGGGGGAUGCAGUGCCAUGUACUCUAAUGGCCUGUACUUCUGGUUGCUACUGGGGGAAAGGAAAUUUUUGCUUUCUUCAGAUUAUGCCCAAAAAGUUGUUUAUGCAAACGGAACUCUUCCAAAUAGCAUUGAUUUUAAUACUUGGACAUCUAUGUCUCUUUUUGCCCAGGGAAAGAAGGUGAGGGGCAUGUUAAACAGCAAAGAUGUGUUCAACCUUGAGCUAAAGACUGUUGUCUCAGCCUACGGGUUUGUUGCCAUAGGAACCAAUGAUUUUGGAAUGGCUGAUUUUAUCAACAUGUUCAUUGACAAAACAUGAUGAUUCAG